AUGAAUAAAGAAAAGGUUCCCCAGACUGCGGUGCCGAAUGGUCGCACAGAGCUUGGUCAAGUCACAUCGGCUACAGCUCUGGACGAAGUGUUCCAAUACUGGGAAGAGGAUGGCGCAGUUAUAAUCAAAGGCCUCCUUACGCCAGAUCAGGUUGAGCAACUGAAUCAAGAGAUGGAUCCAAUCCUACAGAAGGUGGCUAUUGGGGGCCAUGCAAGCGAUGUGCGUCUGCAGAACUUCCACGGCAUGAACACAAAGCGCGCAGGUGACCUCACCAACAAUAGCGCUAUCUUCCGCGACCAUCUUUUAGACAACGACUUCAUUCACGCCAUCUCUGGGCGAUGUUUUGCCUACCGAGGAAAAUUGGCCCAAGAUGCCUACUGGCUGAGCAGUGCUUCAACAAUCCAUGUUGGACCUGGCCAGAAAGCACAGACUUUGCACCGAGACCUGGGCGCGUACCCAAUCUUCUUGAUGGUGGGCAAAGACGGCCCAGAAGCGCAGAUCAACUUCCUCGUCGCCACGACUGAUUUCACAGAGGCCAACGGCGCCACUCGCAUCAUCCCCGGCAGUCACAAGUGGGAAUUCAACCAGCACGGCGACCGAGACAUGACGAUUGCGGCUGAAAUGAAGGCUGGAGAUUGCCUGCUUAUUAGUGGAAAGGUUGUUCACGGCACGGGUGAGAAUAAAACCGACCAGGAGCGUGGAUGCUUGGCUGUUACUUUCUGCGCCAACUUCCUUGCUCCUGAAGAGGCUCAUCCGUUUAUUGUUAGCAUGGAUACCGCAAAGAAGCUCCCAGUCCGCUCCCAACGUUGCUUGGGCUUUCGCUCUCAGUGGCCGCGAAGUUCUCCAGGAUUAUGGACUAAGGACUACUCUGAACUUGCUUUGCAUCUUGGCAUUGAUAAGUGA